UUUUUGUAAAGGUAUUGAAGCAUUAUGGAACCACAUAAUCUAACCUCUAUCUCAGAAUUCCAUCUCAUUGGUUUCUCAGAGGACCCAGACUUGCAGCCUUUCCUCCUUGGACUCUUCCUGUCCAUGUACCUUGUCACUGUGCUUGGGAAUCUGCUCAUCAUCCUGGCCGUCAGCUCUGACUCCCACCUCCACACCCCCGUGUACUUCUUCCUCUCCAACCUGUCUUUUGUUGACAUCUGUUUCAUCUCCACUACAGUCCCAAAGAUGAUUGUAGACAUCCAAACUCACAGUAGGGUCAUUUCCUAUGUGGGCUGCCUGACACAGAUGUCUCUUUUUAUGAUAUUUAUCUGUAUCGAUGACAUGCUUUUGAUUGUGAUGGCUUAUGACCGGUUUUUGGCCAUCUGUCACACCCUGCACUAUGCAGCCAUUAUGAACCCUCAUCUAUGUGUCUUAUUACUUUUGCUUUCUGUCUUUAUUAGCCUUUUGGACACCCAGCUGCACAAUUUAGUUGCCUUACAAAUUACCUGCUUCAAGGAUGUGGAAAUUGCUAAUUUCUUCUGUCAUCCUUCUCAAGUUUUUAACCUUUCAUGUUCUGAUACCUUAAUCAAAACUAUUGUCACAUAUUUUGGUGGUGCCAUAUUUGGCUUUAUUCCCGUGUUAGGGAUCCUUUUCUCUUACUAUAAAAUUGUUUCUACCAUUCUCAAAAUACCAUCAUCUGGUGGGAGGUACAAAGCCUUUGCUACCUGUAGUUCUCACCUGUCAGUUGUUUGCUUAUUUUAUGGGACAGCUAUUGGAACUUACAUUGGUUCAGCUGAGGCAUAUUCUCCAAGCAAAGGCAUGGUGGCCUCACUGAUGUACACUGUAGUCACACCUAUGCUGUAUCCCUUCAUCUACAGCCUGAGGAACAGGGACAUUAGCAGAACACUAGAGAGGCUCCACAGUUGGAGAGUUUAAUCCCAGGAUAUUUGGCAUUCAUUUGGAAUGGAGGUUUGAAAAUACUAUACAGCCCAAAUUCACCUAUGAAUACUAUCUCUUUGGUCACAUUAGCUUAGACUUGGUGUUUCAUAUUAGAGUCAUGGCUAAUUGAGUGAUGGUGGAAUUUAGUGUUUUUCAUAUGAGUGCAAAGUUUCAGGUGGGAAAAUAAUAAUUUUCUGAAGAUGGGUAUGAGUAAUGUCUGCACAAAAAGUACUGUCAUUGAUGUUAUCAAACUGUGCUUAAAGUUAGUUAAAAUGAAACAAUUUUAAUUAAAAAUGAACAUAUUUAUAUCUUACCCCAAUGAACGAUGGAAAUAAAAUUUUGAGAACUUUUUUCUCAAGACAGGGUCUUACUAUAUAGUUCACCCUGUCCUUAAUGUGGAUUAUUCACAUCAGUGCCCACCUGGCUGCACACCUCGUCACAUUAUUUUAGACUUUUGGUGUUUCAUAUUAGAGUCAUGGUUGAUUGAGUAAUAGUGGAAUUUAGGAUUUUUCAUAUGAGUACAAAGUUUCAGUUGGGAAGAUAAUAAUUUUCUAAAGAUUAGUAAGAGUAAUGUUUGGACAAAAAGAUACUGUUAUUAAUGAUAUCAACUGUGCUUAAAGUUAGUUAAAAUGAAACAUUUUGUCAUUUAUAUCUUACCACAAUAAACAAUAAAAAUAAAAUGUUGAGGACCUUUUCCUCAUGCACCAUGUAACUCAUUCUUGCCUUGAGCUCAUGAUGAUCCUCCAGCCUCAGCCUCCCAACUGCUGAUAUUACAAGGGUGCUCUUUCAGUUCCAAUCAGGGACUUUAUUUUUUUAAGGAAUAAAUUACCAAAUAGUACACUUGA